AUGGCGGAUGGGGACUCGUCCGACUUCACCUUCUGCAAGGUUGACUAUGCUGAAAAUGAUGGUCGUUUGGACUCCCCUAAUUCCAUCGCUGUGGCAAGUAUGACACUGGAGGAUGUUGCCGGUGAUGGUGAGACUAAGAAGGUUCAGGAUGACAAGCAAACAGUCAAUCCAGUUACUGAUGAAAAAUCUAGUUCCAUAUCUAGUCGCACCAAUGGUGUAUCGCUUCGAGAGUCCAAUAUAAAAGAACCAGUUGUACCAACCAGUAGUGGAGAGUCUGUGCAGUCAAAUGUGUCAGCUCAACCAAAACCUUUAAAGAAAUCUGCUGUACGUGCAAAGGUUCCUUUUGAGAAGGGCUUUAGCCCAAUGGACUGGCUUAAGCUGACUCGUACACAUCCAGAUCUGGCAGGGCUUAGGGGACAGUCAAACCGGAGGCUAAUUUCUUUGGAAGAAGUUAAGCAGCAUAAAACUGGAGAUUGUAUUUGGACAGUUUUGAAAGGCCGUGUGUACAAUAUUGGUCCCUACAUGAAAUUUCAUCCUGGAGGAGUUGAUAUGCUUAUGAAAGGUGCUGGAAAAGACUGCACUGCUUUGUUCAAUAAAUACCAUGCCUGGGUGAACGCAGAGUUCCUCUUGGAGAAAUGCCUCGUGGGAUACCUGGAUCCCAAUGAGUAG